CAGGGAUGAGGUCAAAUACUUGGUUCAAAAAGUAAAAUAGCAUCAAAAAUAUCAAAGCAUGGGCUUCCUGGACUUUAUAGGACGAUACUUGUGAACUGUUAAUUUCAUUUCUGUUUGGACUACAUUGGGGAACUACAGAGUAUAGCUAAAUGAUAAAAUAGCUUGGCUGAAAUGUUGAAACAUCAAUCAGCAUAAAGAUACGACUAGAUUAGUCCUUGAGCCUGGAUUUAUGUGAACGAAAUUCAUAUAUAUCAUCAGAAUAUAUUAGAAAUGGCUCCAGUUAAAGCGGACUUGUCUACCAUGCUUGUCCUUGUUUUGUUCAUCGUGUCUCAGUUAGUUGAUCUGCUGCCAGUUGGUGCUCUCUCUUUGAACGGUCUUGACCUGGACAAGAACCUGCAGGAGGGAGACAAGGAUUUCUUGUUUGACACUUUCCCUGAUGGUUUUGUUUGGGCGGCAGCAACGGCGGCCCAUCAGGUGGAAGGAGCGUGGAAUGAAGAUGGCAAAGGCCCGAGUAUUUGGGAUGUGUACAGCACUGAACCAGGACGUAUAGACAAUCACGACAACGCCCAGGUGGCCUGUGACAGUUAUCACAAGUACAAGGAAGAUGUUCAGAUGCUCAAACAGUUGGGGGUUACUCACUAUAGAUUCUCCAUUGCAUGGUCACGUGUUCUACCAGACGGAACCAACAAAACUGUGAACAGUCUUGGAAUAAACUAUUACCAUAAGUUAAUAGCAGAACUGAAGGCCAAUAAUAUAGAACCGAUGGUCACUCUGUAUCACUGGGACUUGCCUCAGGCCUUGGAGUUGAAAGGAGGAUGGCUUAAUGAGGACGUAGUGGGUCAGUUUAGAAAUUACGCUGACCUUAUUUUCAAAGAGUUCGGGGCAGAUGUCAAGUACUGGAUUACGAUCAACGAGCCAUGGGUGGUGUCCUACUUAGGCUAUGGCGUGGACCAAAUGGCGCCCGGAAGGUGGGGCCCUGGAACCAAUGUCUACAUCGUCACCCACAACCUCAUUAAGGCUCACGUGGCUGCAUAUAAGUUGUACAACAGUACAUACAGGGCACUGAGUCCUGGAGGCAAAGGUCAGAUUGGUAUCACACUGGACAUCCACAACGACAUCCCCAAGAACAGUUCCGAUCCUGCUGACGUGGAAGCUGCAGAGCGAGGCAAACUGUUUAGAUUUGGUUGGUUCGCUCACCCCAUUCUUAAAACUGGUGACUACCCCGAUGUAAUGAAAGCACAAAUUUUAGCUAAAAGUAAUCAGCUGGGCCAAGCGUCACGGCUACCAUCUUUCACACCGCAAGAGAUCCUAGAAAACAAAGGUUCGUCUGACUUUGUUGGUCUGAACUACUACACAUCCAUUUACGCAAGUCCUGGUCAGCUGCCAUAUGACCCACCCAGUUGGGACAAUGACCAGGAUAUUGUAAGAGAGCGAGAUCCUGCAUGGACAGGGUCUGGCUCGUCCUGGCUGUUCAGCGUUCCGACGGGAUUCAGAGAAGUUUUGAAUUGGAUUAAAAAGACCUACAACAACAUUCCAUUAUAUGUCACUGAAAACGGAAUAUCGGACAAAAACGGAACGCUGAGAGAUGCUCAUAGAAUCACUUAUUAUAGACAGCACAUUAAUCAAAUGUUGAAAGCUAUAAAACUAGAUGGGUGCGACGUCAGAGGCUUCACGGCCUGGGCAUUAAUGGACAACUUUGAAUGGGCUCGAGGCUACACUGAGAGAUUUGGACUCUAUUACGUGGACUUCACCAAUCCAAACAGAACCCGGACACCCAAGGCAUCCGUCCAGUUCUUCGCCAACCUCAUAAGAGAUAAUGGAUUUAAAAGAGGCUACAGUGGUCAGGCGGCUCAAGCUACAGGUAUUGUGUACAUGGAGAACGAGCUGGACAUCCUGUAUGACCAGUUUCCAGAUGACUUUGUAUGGGCAGCUGCCACUGCUUCAUAUCAGAUAGAAGGAGGCUGGGAUGCUGACGGUAAAGGACCUAGUAUUUGGGACACCUGGGCGCAUAAUAAUAAAAUUCACCACAACGAGACUGGGGACGUCACGUGUGACAGCUACCACAAGUACAAGGAAGACGUGAAGCUUUUGAAGAGUAUGGGGGUUAAUCAUUAUCGGUUCUCAAUAUCGUGGUCACGAGUUAUGGCUGAUGGCACUCCCAAUACUAUUAACGAAAAGGGCAUUCAGUACUAUAACAAUCUUAUAGACGAGCUCCUUGCUAAUGGCAUACAACCUAUGGUUACUCUGUAUCACUGGGACCUACCCCAAGCUCUGGAAGACAAAGGCGGGUGGUUGAAUACUAGUAUUCAGGAUGACUUUGUGGAGUACAGCAGACUGUGCUUCCAGAGAUUUGGAGACAGAGUAAAGAAAUGGAUAACAUUCAAUGAACCCCCAAUAUUCACCAUACUGGGAUAUGAAAUGGGAUAUUUUCCUCCUGGACUAGUAAACCCAGGUCGCGGAGGCUAUCUGACCGGACACAAUGUGAUUCUAGCGCACGCUAAAGCUUACAGACUUUAUGAGCGAAAUUUUAAAGCCACACAAAAAGGAGAGGUUGGCAUCAGCAUAAACCAAGAGUGGCCAGAACCAAAAGAUGCGCUGAGUCUGGCAGACGUAAAGACAUCGGAGAGGGGCAUCAACUUUUACCUGGGCUGGUUCGCUCAUCCGAUAUUCGUCAAUGGUGACUACCCCGAGUUAAUGAAACAAAGAGUGAGAGAGAAGAGUGCGUUACAAGGUCUGCCACAGAGUCGUCUGCCAGAGUUUACAGACGACGAAAAGAAAUUGAUCAAUGGCUCAGCUGAUUUUCUGGGGUCCAAUUUUUACACCGCACGUUUGGUGACGGACGACACUGCGAGUGAACCAGUCACUCCAAAUUUUUACAACGAUAUUGGAUCCUUUAACGACAUUGACCCAAACUGGUUAGGAGCUGCGUCUCCGUGGCUGCGGGUGACUCCGUUUAGUAUUCGUAAGAUAUUGAAUUGGUUCAAGAACAACUUUAACAAUAUUCCCGUGUACAUCACUGAGAAUGGUGUCAGUGAUAGCAAUGGGACGCUCUAUGACUGGCAUAGGAUACACUACUACCGACUGUACCUGAACCAAGUCUUGAAAGCCAUUAAACUGGACGGCUGUAAUGUUAAAGGCUUCACCGCAUGGUCAUUGAUGGACAACCUGGAAUGGGGCAGCGCCUACGAUGAGAAGUUUGGCCUUCAUUACGUCAAUUUCAGUGACCCUGAGAGACCCAGGACAGCGAAGGCCUCUGCACUGUGGUACAAGACUUUGAUAGCUGAUGGAGGCUUCAAGCCCGGCUUCACACAGGAUGGAGCCUGGGGCACGGCUGUGCAAGAUAUCGAUGACUUCCUCUACGGCAAGUUCCCUGAAAACUUCACAAUGGGCCUGGCGACUGCCAGCUAUCAGAUUGAGGGAGCCUGGGAUGAAGAUGGCAAAGGAGAAGGGAUAUGGGAUAAAUUUUGCCACGAGCCAGGUCAUAUUCAGGAUAAUUCCACUGGAGAUGUAGCAAGUGACAGCUACCAUAAGAUGGACGAGGAUGUAGCUAUACUGAGAGAAACAUUGACGCAAAGAUAUAGAUUCUCCAUCGCUUGGUCACGUGUCAUGCCCAAUGGAACAUAUCCCAUCAACCAAGCAGGAAUUGAUCAUUACAAAAAAUUUAUUGGGAAACUUGAGACAGCAGGUAUAAUACCGAUGGUGACACUAUACCACUGGGAUCUGCCGCAGGGACUUCAAGAUCAAGGUGGAUGGCUCAACCCUAAAAUUGCGGAAUGGUUUAGAGAUUAUGCCGAACUUUGUUUUAGAGAAUUUGGAGACAAGGUCAAGUUAUGGAUUACUUUUAACGAGCCCUGGGUCUUCACCAUUCUUGGUUACGGUAGAGGUGACAACGCCCCUGGCCUGAAGGAUUUAAAACACAACCCUUACAAUGCUGCUCACAAUGUUAUCAAAGCUCACGCUGAGGCCUAUCAUGUGUAUCAGGAGAAAUUUAAGUCUUCUCAGCAAGGUGAGAUUGGCAUCACCUUAAACUGUGAUUGGUUUGAACCUCGUGACCCAAUCAGCUUGAGUGACAUCAGUGCAGCGGAAAGAAGGCUGCAGUUUUGGAUGGGAUGGUUUGCUCACCCUAUUGUCGUCAAUGGCGACUACCCGGAUGUUAUGAAAACGUAUGUAAGAAACGCAAGCCUGGAAGAAGGUCUGCCAGUGUCAAGGUUACCAGAGUUCACGCCCUCAGAGCAGCAACGAAUCAAAGGCACAGCUGAUUUUCUCGGUCUCAAUCACUAUACUAGCAAUGUUGCCUACGAAGGCGUGGAGACUGAAGCGGGAUAUUUCGGGGAUCAAAAAGUUGCCAACUACAAGGACCCUAGCUGGAAAACACCUUACUGGCCCUACUCAGAUGUCAACCCCAUUGGCAUAAGAAAGACCCUCAACUGGAUGAGAAAAGAGUUUGGAGACAUACCUAUUUAUAUCACAGAAAAUGGCGUAGGUGACCCAAACAGUACACUGGACGAUGAGUUUAGGAUACUGUACUACCAAGGCUAUAUAAACAAUGUACUUAAAGCUGCUGUAUUAGACAAAGUCAAUGUCAAAGGUUUCACUGCCUGGUCCAUGAUUGACUUAUUUGAAUGGACAAGCGGCUAUUCAUUUAGACUGGGCAUCUACAACGUCAAUUUUAGUGACCCCAACAGACCCAGGACACCCAAGGCAUCAGCUAGAUAUUUUUACGAGUUGGCCAAAAAUUCAGGUUUCGUUGAGGGAACUCUCACUGACCCAAAAGUCAGAAAAGGAUUGCCCUUCGAAGAUGAACCCUAUCUCGAGAAAUUUCCAGACAAUUUUUCUUUCGGUGUUUCCUCUGUAGGUUUAGAAUUAGAAAGCCAGAUUCAAGGCGGAGAUGAAGGUGAGAACGUUUGGGCUGCACAAGUCAAUUUGUCCGGCAUCGUGUCUCCUGAGACAAAUAUCAGCACAAUAUUCUCCAAAGAUGUAUCGGAACUAAAAGUUCUUAAGAUUGGUCACUAUUACUUUUCGAUCGCCUGGUCACGUGUUCUACCAACUGGCAGAACUGGUGAUGUCAGUCAGUCUGGCAUCAACUACUAUAUGACUUUGAUUGAUGAUCUGCUGGCCGCUAACAUCACCCCAGUUGUGGUCAUCAACCAGUGGGACUAUCCCAGUGCAUUGAAUGGCUGGAAUGACAGCUCCAUGGUGGAGGAGUUUUUGUACUUAGCAAAGACUUGUUUUGAAAACUUUGGUUCUAAGAUUUUCUACUGGAUCACGUUGUCUAAACCAGAAAAUGUUCCUUGGUUAAUGCAGCAUACAGACCAGGCGGACAUUUAUAAAAUUUACCGUAACCUGUUAUCAGCUCAUGCUAGGGCGUAUCGCUUAUAUCAAUCAGACUUUAAUCCUUCUCAAAAAGGUAAGGUUGGCAUAUCACUGGCACCAGUGUUUGCGUUGCAAGAAAACCCUCGAGAUCCCAGCCAUGCCAGCACAGCAGAUAAAAUUACUGACUAUAGCCUUGGUCUGUUUGCGGAGCCCAUAUUUGGAGAUGGCGAUUACUCGGAGACGGUAAAGGAGGCAGCCAAUUUAAGAUUGAUUCCGCUGACAGAUCAAGAAAGAAAAGUUAUUCAAGGUAGUGCCGAUUUCCUAGGCUUGGAGUACUACGGGACUAAACGAGUGGGUCGUUCUGCUAAUGUCACUACCAGUGGCGUAUGGUUUCUGGAAGAACUUCCCGCGGCUGAAGGUGCUGACCCCAAAGGUCUACGAGGACUGCUGCGUCUUCUGAAGCUGCGCUUCAAUAAUGCCCCAGUAUACAUCAGUGGCAACGGUGUCUGGAGCUUCUCUGACGAUGGGGAUGACAGCUUCCGAACUGAAUUCAUUGCUUUACACUUGACAGAAAUAUUGAAAGCGAUCCUAUUAGACGGAUGUGACGUCAGGGGCUACACUUACCACACUUUUAAAGAGUUACGAGUGGACAAAAGGCUUUCUCCAAAAGUAUAGGCUGGCCUAAUUGUACACGGUGACCCCUCCUGGCCCGUACUUAUGCAAGGGUCUGCGAGAACUCUAGCAGAGAUAACCAGAUUCCGACGUGUUUUGAUAUUUAGAUAAUGAUAGUAAUAAUUUUGUAUAAAUAAACAUGUAAAAUUUGUGAA